CAUUCUGCGCAUGCGCAGUAGGCCCAGCAACGACAACUUCCUGCCAAAAAGUGCUCCCUAACAACAGACAAAGCUUGUGACAGUGUGGAUUCAAUAACAGACGCUUAAAUAAAAGCGUUUCUCAUCCCAUCAAUGCAGGGUCCGGACAGGCUUUCCAGGUGCAGAGAGUAGGCUGUGCGUGCAGACAUGUCGGGUCGCUCCGCUGCAGAGAUGGUCGACUCGCAGGAGCUGCCUGAGCUGCCGGCAAAGAAGGCGAAGCUUGAGAUAGCCGGUAGACUGGAGAAAGAGUCGAGUAAUUUAGGUGACGACGGGAGUCCAGCUGCUGUGUUGGGUUCAUCAGAGCAGGACAGCUCUUACUCUGCCCUGUCCUCAGCCCAGCUCGAUCCAGGUGAUCAGGAGCAGUCGGACGCAGACAGAGGGGCAGCGCCUCAAGCAUGCAGCGACUCCAUGAACUCGUACGCACAUUCUGCCACAGACUCAACCGCAACAUCUGAAUACACCCAACAGGUUUAUCAAGGCAGCAACCCAGCAGUGACGUCGUACACCGGCCAGGUGGCCUUCCCUCCUCUGGCCCAGUCCACUGUGUACUCCUCCUUCCCCCAGACGGGCCAGACCUACGGCCUCCCGCCCUUUGGUGCUAUGUGGCCAGGCAUUAAAACAGAGACAGGGCUGCCUGAGGCGCCCUCUGGUGGCCAGCCUGGGUUUCUCAGCUUCAGCACCGCAUAUACCUCAACCCAGCCAAGCCAGCUGCACUACUCAUACCAAGGCUCAAGCUUCACAACAUCCAGUGUGUACUCCGGCAUCCCCUCGGCUACGGCCGCCACCACAACCUCCCCCACAGUGGCUCAGCAGGAAUUUAGCAGCUACAACUCUCUGGGCCAGGGUCAGUUCUCUCAGUACUACCCUCUGCCUCCCAGCUACGUGCCCGCCGGGCUGCCCAGCAGCGAGGACCACGGCGCCGGUGUGGGCGUGGCCGGAUAUUCAGCCGUGAAGUCGGAGCAGGCCGCCUCAGCCGGACUGCCUCCCAGAGAUGCGUCCCCACCAGAGAACCUCCCGGCAGGUGCAGCCCUUCCUACCAGUUUGGCUCUCCCCGCCGGAGCCAGAGAUCAGGACGAGGUCGGACGCAGGAACUCUGUUGGCAAAUCCAAAGGGAAGGGCAAGAGGUCUGACAGCUCCCCACCUGCUGAAAGUGACCUGGAGCGCAUUUUUCUGUGGGAUCUGGAUGAGACCAUUAUUAUAUUCCACUCUCUGCUCACUGGCUCCUACGCACAGAAGUUUGGCAAGGACCCAGCGACGGUGCUGAACCUCGGCUUGCAGAUGGAGGAGCUGAUCUUUGAGCUGGCGGACACUCACCUGUUCUUCAAUGACCUGGAGGAGUGUGAUCAAGUCCAUGUUGAGGAUGUUGCCUCUGAUGACAACGGACAGGAGCUGAGUAACUACAACUUCGUGGCGGACGGCUUUAACGGUUCCAGUGGAGGAGGGGCGUCAGGAACCACCGCGGGGGUCCAGGGAGGCGUGGAGUGGAUGCGGAAACUGGCCUUUCGCUACCGCCGGCUAAAAGAGAUCUACAAUAACUAUAAAGGGAACGUUGGAGGCCUGUUGAGUCCUAUGAAGAGGGAGCUGCUUCUCCGGCUUCAGUCUGAGAUCGAGAACGUUACGGACGCGUGGCUCAGCACCGCCCUCAAGUCUCUGCUGCUCAUCCAGUCCAGGGGGAAGUGUAUGAAUGUGUUGGUCACCACCACUCAGCUGGUCCCAGCUCUGGCGAAGGUGCUGCUCUACGGCCUGGGAGAUGUCUUCCCCAUCGAGAACAUCUACAGUGCCACUAAAAUAGGGAAAGAGAGUUGCUUCGAGAGGAUCGUCUCUCGCUUUGGAAAGAAAGUGACUUACGUGGUGAUCGGCGACGGUCGAGAUGAGGAGUUUGCAGCAAAACAGCACAACAUGCCUUUCUGGCGGAUCUCCACUCACGGCGACCUCGUGUCCCUGCACCAAGCGCUGGAACUGGACUUCUUGUAAAAAGGAGGCGGCGCUGAAAUGUCACACACUAAAAGGGAAAACGUAGUCGUCGUCCUGUCGGGUCUGUGGAGUGACAUUGUGUGAGGAAAACCCUCCACGACCCCCUUCUCCCUUCCCCUCCCCCCGAACGACACACGCUCACAUUAGAAAAUCUGCCCUCACUUGACGACUAAUGACUCACUGUGUGAUGUGUGACGGUGACGCACUGAGGCGGACUUUGGGUCGGAGCUGACUGCGAGAAACGGACUGGCUGAGUUAAGUGUUCCUCACGCCCAGCACUCCCUCCUCUACGGCAGCUAACCUCACCACGGCUGAAACUGGCACUGAUUUGGACACAGAAGGGAAGACAUCCAUAUUUUUUUUUCCUCCUUGGUCUCAUUUUCUUUUUAAGUAUCAAAAUCUCCUGCAGUGAAACGAUCCCUCUAAUUUUUAUUUCUUCUUUCUGGAUUUUAACAACCAAAGGGUCGCUGUUGUUUAUCGGCUUUUGUUAUUGUAGCUUUUUAUUUAGGCUCUGUGUAACUGAAAUAAUAAUAUCAAAGCAAAUUUGUUAAAAAAA